ACACACACACACACACACACAUUCUCUCCAUGUGUAAACGAGGCCAUAUGGGAUGGCACAGUUGGGAGCUGUUUCUCAUUGAAAGAGGCCAUUAGUGUCUUUUUCAUGUCUUGUGUGUUUGAGCUUUGUGCUAGAACAUUAGGAUUAGAGGAGCAGUCCACAUGUUAGUGUUUUCUAGUCCAGCACACCCAUUUUAAUGAAAGGCUUGCAAUAAACAGGAGAAAGCACUCAAAUGUAGGGGAUUCAAAGCAAGAAGUAGGACUGGGAAACCACUGUGCUGUGUGUGUGUGUGUGUGAAAUCAUUUAAUCCUCUCAGCAGUUUGUUCUAGUCCAUAUUGUCCAUAUGUUGAACGGAUGACCCGUGAAUAUAUCGUCUGUAAAGGUUUUGUGUAACUCGGCUACCUUAGAAAAGAUGGUCUGAUCAUACGUGUUGGUUCAUUUGAGUUCCUUAGGUUUCACUGAGUGUCUUAGAAGUUAGGAUUUGCUCUUCCGUUGUUGGCGGCACGGUGGUUGAAACCUCACAGCUCCAGGGUUCGAUCCCGAGCUCGGGACUACGGUCUACGUGGAGUUUCACGUCUUCACCGCAUGCCCACGUGGGCUUCCUCUGGGUUCUCCGGUUUCCUCACGUCUCCACAUAGGUGAACUGGAUCUGCUCAGUUACUCCUAGGUAGUUGUGAAUGUGUGUGUGUGUGUGUGUGGUGUCCUGUGAUGACCUGGCUUCUCAUCAGAGGUGUAUUCCCCUGCCUCACGGCAGGUUUUCCCGGGGUAGGCUCUGGAUCCUAAGCAGGAUAAAGCGAUUGCUGAAGAAUGAAUGAACUACAGGCCGGAGGGCACGUUCGCUCUGUAGAUGCUAGCCAGACCCUGGAGGACCUUCGGGAGCAGAACCAGCUGAGCAGGAGCGGCUCACCUCCACACCGACACAAAAGGAGAUGGCCACAGCUUCGAUCGGACGGAGUUCUGCCCAAACCGGCACCCAAGGAAGAGGAGCCCUUCAUCUUAGACCUGAAGAACUUCCCCGACCUUGCUAAUGCGGAUCUGGGCUCGCAGAAUCCCAAUAUCCAGGUGACCAUCGAGGUUGUGGACGACCCUCAGAUGGAGGUCGAGAUGGACCUGGCUAAAGAGGGCAGGAACGACUGGCCUCUGAACUCCGAGGAAUGGCUUGGCCACAAGAAACUCUUCUGGCCUCUCUUCUGGGAAUACCACGACUCCAGCGACGAGAGUGCUGGCCAGGCCAGUCUGGAGGAGAACGGUGACGACCUGAGCUACGGAGGAGAAGAUUCCCUGCUGAGCGGCGUUGGAGUGGACUGGGAGAACCGGUGGAAGGGCUGGGACUCGAUGGAGAGUUAUGAUUAUGAAGAAGAGGAGUGGAGCGACUGGUCCCCGUGCAGCGCCACCUGCGGCCACGGCACCCAGAAGAGGGUCCGAUCGUGCGGCUACGCCUGCACUGCCACCGAGUCUCGCACCUGCGACCUGCAGCGGUGUCCAGAUGACCUGAAUGCCGUGACGGAGCUCAUUCCUCACGAGAUGAUGAAUGGCACUGAUGCCUUCGAUACAGACGUGGACAGCUGUGAGAAGUGGCUCAACUGCAAGAACGACUUCCUGCAGAAGUAUCUCCACCAAGUCCUGACCGAAUUACCCAGCUGCCCCUGCGUCUACCCGUCCGAAGUCGUCUACAGCGCCGUGAACAUCUUCGACGACAAGCUGCGCAAGAACUACCGUUGGCGCGACGCCAGCGGACCCAAAGAGCGCCUCGAUAUCUACAAGCCGUCUGCGCGGUUCUGCGUGCGCUCCAUGUUGUCGUUCGACAGCACCACGCUCGCCGCCCAGCACUGCUGCUACGACGAGCACAUGAAGCUGAUCACGAGGGGUAAAGGUGCCGGUGCGCCCAACCUCAUCAGCACCGAGUUCUCUCCGGAGCUCCACUACAAGGUGGACGUGCUUCCAUGGAUCCUGUGCAAAGGAGACUGGAGCCGCUUCCACUCCGUACGUCCACCCAACAACGGAUUGCGGUGCACGGAGAACCCUCAGGAGGACGUCUAUAUGAACGAGCUGGAGGAGGCUCGAGAGUACUGAGAGGCAAAGCUGUCUCAUAUCAGAAUUAUUUUAUAUGUAGAUGUACAGUAUUUCGCUACAGGUUACGACUGGAGUUAAGAAACAUUUAAAAAAAAAAAAAAAAACCUGCAUUGUACACUGUUUAACUGAUACAACAGCCCGAACAAAGUACAGUAAUACAACGAUCUCUAUCUUCCGCACUUUUCCCCCAGAGAGCCAGUUGAAGCAAUCAGGGACUCUUUCAAACACCAUCCUCUGGAACAGGUUCACUGUAUUUCUCGUGUUCGUAUCCCCGACCCUUCUUUUUUUCCCUUUUUGUCAUGAAAGGAAUUCCAGUCAGGCUGCUAAACUUGAGUCCAAGCAGAAUCCCCGGUUGUUAUCUUAGACAUAGAAGCUUAGAGUUGGAGCUCGUCCAACGCAGGCAAGAUCCAUCCAAAUAAAUCAAACACGAGCCCGAGUGCCGCAUGCGCGUGGCUUCGAAAUAUUUCACGACUCUUCCCGAACCUGCGUGUUACCCCAGAUGUACUCGGAUCCAGUGUCAUUUAUAGCUUUCACAGACGUUCAGGAUUGAUGGUGCAGGAUCGUAGGUCUUGUUUUGCUUCAUAAAAGGGCUAAAGAUUCCAUCGUCAGGAUGAAAUUCUCCUUUUAGCAAGAACUAGGCGUGUGGAAAUAUUACACUCUCGUAUCAUGAUAAUGGGCUAAGCUUUUAUCAAGGUUCAUGAUGUUAUCAGACAUCUGUGUUCCCCAAGGUCCUGUAGCUUCCCAAGGUAAAGGAUGCAUGCUGUAGCAUUAAGGCUCUCACCUCAGUGACAAGAAUUUGAGACCCUUUUUUUUUUUUUUGAUGGGAUUCUUCUACACAAACCUGCAGGACAUUUCUUCAAAUUUGUCUGCGAUUAAGGAUCCUUAGAUCUUCUUAAAUGGUACAAAGGUACAAACAAAUUGUUUGAGAUGCUCCCCAGUGACCGUAAUCCUUCACAAUGGUACUAACAUCUGGAUAUAAUCCUAUCAAACAAUUGAGCAAAUAUUCAAAUAUGACCACACCAAAUAUUUCUAUUUAGAAAGUUUGAGCACUUCAAAAAAAUAUUAGUUUAUUCCAGGGCUCUCCAGGGAAUCCCCCCGACCAAAAAAAAAAAAAAAAAAUUGGUUACUGUAUUGGUGUAUAGGAUAUUAUGGGAUGUAUAGGACAACAAAGAAUGCAUAUACGUAAUAUAUACUUCCUCCAAAAUGAUCCAGAUGAUCUUGGCACACACUCUUCUUCAAAAGGCUUCUUCAGAGGUCUUUGGACAGUUCUAGUCUUUUAAAAGGGUGCUGUUUGAAACCGUUUCUGAAAAUGAAACCGUGUCUGUCGUAAAGUUUCGACCUACAACCCUUAAGGGUUAAACCUAAGGACUCUUGGAGUACGGGCAGAAUUAUACACUUCUAGAAAGAAUGUUAAAUCUUUUAAGUAUUCUUCGUUUUGGUCCAUCUGACGGAACAUCUGUCAGAGAUUUUUUUUUCCGAGAAGAACCCCUUUCUGCAUGAGUAGGCAUCAUGUGUUACUCAAUUAUUAUUUUUUUGUUUUUUCUUCCCCCACUGGGAGAACCUUUUAAAGCCUCUACGACAGAGGGUUCUUCUAUCACAGAGGGUUUGAAGUAGAACCCCUUUCCGCAUGACUAGGCAGCAGGUGUUACAUCUAAGGAUCCGUAAUUCUUCAGCUUGUACCCCUGAGCACAUUUUUAUCAGUCCCUCUUGGAGAACCGGUAACGUUUCUGUGAGGAACCCUGCAACAGAGGGUUUCAACAAGGGGUUCUGAGAGGGAACUCCUUUCUAAAUGAGUAGGCAGCAUGUUACACAUCUAAGGAUCCUUAAUUCUUUAGGUUGUCCCUCUGAGAGAAUUUUCAUAGACUAUGACCGACCCUACUACAGACGGUUCUCCUAUCAAAAAGGGUUCUAGGUAGAAUCCCUUUCCGCCCGAGCAGGCAGCACAUGUUACAUCUUGAUCAUGCUGUUUAUCUUCACCACAAAUUCUCACCAAAAAUGUCACCUACCUCAAAAGCCUCCUGGUCACAGUGUCUUACCACCCAAGUAUUCACCACCCGUGAGAUUUUUUUUCCACAUUUUGUAGUGUUAGAACCUGGAACUGAAAUAGACUUUAGUGGGAUUACAUGCCAUGAUUUUACACAAAAUAGUGUAUAAUAGAACACCAUCUUUUCAGUGAAGCAUGGUGGUGGAAGCAUCAUGUUAAGCACUACCUUUGGCCUUAAUUUUUUUUUUUUUUUUUUUUUUUU